AUGACGCGCGCGACUAUUUUAAGCGCGACGGACGACGACGACGGCGGCGCGACGGCGAGCGCGACGGCGACGACGCGCGACGACGACGACGACGACGACCGCGUCUCGGACGCCGACGACCGCGCGUCGAGGGCGACGGAGGAGGCGCGCGAAGACGACGACGACGAAGACGCGAAUCGGCUCGGACGCGCGCGCGAGGACGACGAAGGGGCGUCGAGCGUCGUCGACGCGAACGAUGACGCGCGCGCGCGCGCGCUCGCGGACGCGCUGAGCGCUGAGCGCGCGACGCGUCAGGGCUUAGAGGCGGCGAUGGAGUCGCGAGAGGUGGCGCACGCGACCGAGCGCGAGACGCUCGAGGCGAGGGCGAGAGACGCCGAGGCGGGACGCGUCGCGGCGGAGGCGGAGGCGAGCCAUUUGCGCGGUGAAAUAGCGCGCGGCGAGACGGUGAUCCGACAGGAAGAGAGCGUCAUACGUCUUCGUCUCGAAGCCGAGCACGAAGUGCGCGUGGGCCGGUUGGCGACGGAGUUGGAUCGCGUGCGCGGCGAACUCGAGGCGCGUUCGAGCGAAUUGCGCGACGCGAGAGCAAACGACGCCAAGACGUUCGACGCGCUCAAUCGCGUUCGAGAAGAGCUCUUGGGUCGACUUAAGAGCGAGACUCAGAAAUUGUUAGGGACGAUAGAUUGCGUCUGUGACGCCAUGGAUUCGGCGUCAAAGAGUUUACACCGCGACGGCGUCGCGGCGACGCCUCGCAUUUCGCAAAGCGUACCGUCUAGGCGCGAGCGAACGCUCGUCGUCGACACGAAACAAUCGCGAGGCCACGGUGCCGUGGGUACGCCUGAACCAGGUACGCCGAUGUCGUCGCAGUCGCGUCAUCGAGCAGUCGCGUCGUCCUCGGUGGCGCAACAAAACGCGCAGCGACGACUGCACCUCUCGGCGCAGUCGGAUAGACUUCGGAAGCCGAUUGCGUCGCAAAAGGGGCUCGUUGGGUACGCAAACAUAUAUCAGCACUGA